GCUCAGUUUGGUUCAUUCGGUGCUCGGAAGCGGCAGUGCGGUCCCAACGUUCAACGGCAAGGGCGCUUUAUUUCGCGAACGUCUAGCUGCCAAUUCGGUCGUCGGUUGCGCGUAUACGGUUCUGCGGUGUCUGCGUGCGUUCAACAACUCAUCCUCCGGUGUCUGUCCGGUCGUCUGGAUUCAGUUUUUUUUGGGGGAUGAGAUGUUCGGUGUUUGCAGUUUCUGUCCAUUGUUAUUGGGGGGGAUGCGAUUGAAAAAAACAGUUCGCGGCUGCUGUUCAACAGCUGAUGGAAGAGGAUUGCGUUGAACUCGCGUUGUCCCCGUAGUCAUCGUCGUCGUUGCUGACCGAAAACUUUUUUCUCCCCCCCCCUCCGGAUAUCGUGCGUACGGUCGUCGAGCUCCGCUGUGACGUCAGCUCCGCUCCAGUGCAAUCGGAAGCUAUUCUCCUGUUCCCCGAAAAAGAAUAAAAAAAAAACUUGUGGUGCCAUCCUAUGACCGCACGCCCGGAAGCAACUGUUGACUGGAAUCAUCGUCGUGGACCUGAAGUGUGGUGACCAGUACCAGGAUUUGGUGGAAGUGCCCCCGGUGAAUCGCAACUGUCAAUGCUCAAUAGUGGAUAUAACACAGAACCUAGGAGAAAACGAGUGUAGCAACUGCAUCUUCAACAGUGAACCAAAAGGCGCGAAGAAUACCAGCGUGGUGUGGGGACCGCUGAUGUGACAUCUCGUUCCCGCAACAAUUGUCGUCGGGCCAAGAAACAACUCAGUCGAUCCGUUUGGUCUAGUGUUUUCCGUGUUGUUUUUUGCUUCUCCGUUGCUGUAAGUUGUGAUACGCGCCCCGCUAGAGUGGAUAAAUAAAUUAAUGGUGGCGACGGCAAUCGAUUUGUCUUCUGGUUGUCGGACGGUUGUUCGCAGGACGACGACGAGGACUUUGGAACCUGAAUCCUUUCAAGCGUGUUAUAAUUUCUCAAAAGCAGUAAAAAUGGAAAGUGAACAAUUGAAAAAACCAGGUGCUCUGCAAAUUCAUUACUAGUGGAGUUCAAACAGGAUAAAAUCUAAAACGAAACGAAAGACAAAGUGCUCAAAUGGAAAGAGAUCUGCCACGUGGCAAUACGGGUGGAAGCAACAGCCACCAGUGGGAGUAAUAUGAACAGCUGAUCCCUCGUCAGCUGCCGGCAAUGGUGGGAAAAAUGAGCUGCCCCCUCUUCGGCUUCCCACCCAUCGUUUUCCUACUGCCGGAACCGGAUGUGUUGAACAUUGUGACUUUAUUGUGGUAAGGUAGCCGCCGCCGAAGAGACGACGACGACGAAGCUAUGCAGCUGUGUAGGAGUUGGAGUUUUACCGAACACGACCGGAGAUUGCCUCGAACAACGGUUUGGUUGCUAAAGUUAGACGUAGGUGAAACUCAGAUAUGGUGGAACGUCACCGUUGAUAGAAGUGGACUUAGUGGUGGUGGUAUGUAGUUUGUAGUGAACCCCUUUUGGCGAGAGCUGGUCUCCGAAUGAAAUAAAUCAACGCCGGAAGUUUGCCGAAUCGGAAGUGGACUCUUACAUUAGCAACGCUACCGAAGGCCCUGAUGGGCCAGAGUGCUAGCAUGUGUCGCUUCAAUGGUUGCCGUUACAAGAAAAACAAGCAAGGCCUGCACUUGCGCAGUAUAGAGGAGCCUCAGAGCAGAAUGCCCGCCGAGCAGGGGGGCACAGUGGGGCUCGAUACUUCGUUGGGCUCUCGUUCUGGUGUCCCCCUGCCACUUCAGCUACAGCCAGCUCCAAACAGCACCUCCGGCCAAAAUCACCACCAGCUGGGCCUAAACAGUCAUCAUCACCCGCAUCAUCAUCACCAUCACCAUGUGCACCAUCAGCAUCAUUUGGGCAGCAGUGGGAACAGCGGUGGCACCAGUGGAGCCGGUGCUAUGUCCGUAAGCGCUGGAACAAAUGCUAGCUACGAUGCCGAAUUCGCGCGGAUGGAGUCCUGGCUGGACGAGAAUCCGGAGUUCAUGCAGGAUUACUUCAUACGGAAGGCCACCCGGAACAUGGUUGAUGGGUGGUUGGUUUCGCAUGCCACACCGGUGACAACAGCUGGCGGGAGCAAUAUGGAUUCUCCUACGCAUGGUGCCGGGGGUCAAACCAGUUCCUCACGAGCAGGCUCCGGAGCGACUACUCCAGUGAGGAAAAUCUCGGCUCACGAGUUCGAGCGAGGAGGCCUGCUGAAGCCCAUCGUGAACACCAUCGACGGGACGCCCACCUUUCUCAGCAUCGGGCUGCAGAACGAGUGUCUGCUGUCCGGCGGAGGUCCCAGCCAUCAGAACGGAGGUGCUCUGGGGUUGCCGAGCGGAAGUCAACGACCCCAGCGGUUAUCGCGGAAUGAACUGCGACAGCUGGACGAACGGGAGCUGAUAUUCGAGCUGGUGAAGGACAUCUGCAACGACCUGGACGUGCGGUCGUUGUGUCACAAAAUUCUGCAAAACGUGUCAAUUCUACUGAAUGCGGACCGGGGGUCGCUAUUUCUGGUCCAAGGCAAGAGUACCUGUGGCAGUGAUAAUACCAAAAAAUGUUUAGUAUCUAAAUUAUUCGACGUCUGCUCGAGCAGUACGCUAGAGGAAAUGGAGCAGCAGGACGAGGUGAAGGUGGCGUGGGGCAUGGGAAUCGCAGGUCACGUGGCCGAGAGCGGGGAACCCGUCAACAUACCGGAUGCGUAUCAGGACGAGCGAUUCAACCGGGAAAUUGAUGUACAAACUGGCUACCGUACGAAGGCACUGCUCUGCAUGCCCAUCAAGGACGGCUCCGGCGAUGUGGUUGGAGUAGCACAGGUUAUCAAUAAGCAUGGAGACCAGUGCUUCACAGCUGCCGAUGAGAAGGUAUUUUCAUCGUAUCUGCAGUUCUGUGGUAUUGGGCUUCGAAACGCUCAACUGUACGAAAAAUCACAACUGGAGGUGAAACGCAACCAGGUUCUGCUCGAUUUGGCCCGGAUGAUUUUUGAGGAGCAGAGCACAAUCGAGCAUAUGGUGUUUCGGAUACUGACCCACAUGCAGAGCUUAAUACAAUGCCAAAGAGUUCAAAUCCUACUGGUGCACGAAGCUUCUAAGGGAAGCUUCUCACGGGUGUUCGACUUUGAAGCAAAUGAUCUCAGCGAGGACGAGGGUGAUGCGCGGACCAGCCCAUUUGAAUCCCGGUUUCCCAUCAAUAUUGGCAUUACCGGUUAUGUGGCCACUACCGGAGAGACUGUGAAUAUCGGAAACGCGUACGAGGACGAUCGAUUCGAUCCCAGCGUGGACGAGGGGCAGAGCUUCCGGCACAAAACCAUCCUCUGUAUGGCGAUUAAGAAUUCUCUAGGUCAAAUUAUAGGUGUAAUACAGUUGAUUAACAAGUUCGACGAACUUACUUUUACCAAAAACGAUGAAAACUUCGUAGAAGCCUUCGCCAUCUUCUGCGGAAUGGGCAUUCACAAUACACACAUGUACGAAAAAGCAAUCGUAGCGAUGGCCAAGCAAAGCGUCACACUGGAGGUGCUCAGCUAUCACGCUUCGGCCACCAUCGACGACGCCGUCCGGUUACGGCAACUCAAAGUUCCAUCCGCAGCGUACUAUCAGCUGCACGACUUCAAGUUUGACGAUCUGUCCAUGGGGGAUGACGACACGUUGAAGGCGUGCCUGCGAAUGUUCCUAGAUCUGGACCUGGUCGAGCGGUUUCACAUCGACUACGAAGUGCUCUGCCGGUGGUUGUGCUCGGUCAAAAAGAACUAUCGGCACGUGACCUACCACAACUGGCGGCACGCGUUCAACGUGACGCAGAUGAUGUUUGCUAUCCUGACGUCUACGCAGUGGUGGAAAAUCUUCGGCGAGAUCGAGUGCCUUGCGCUGAUCAUCGCUUGCCUCUGUCACGAUCUGGACCACCGUGGGACCAACAAUUCCUUCCAAAUCAAAGCUUCAUCGCCUCUCGCUCAACUGUAUUCUACGUCAACGAUGGAGCACCACCACUUCGACCAGUGUUUGAUGAUCAUCAACAGCCCCGGAAACCAGAUCCUUUUGAACAUGUCCUCCGAGGAUUACAGCCGCGUAAUCAAAGUUCUAGAGGAUGCCAUCCUGUCCACGGACCUGGCGGUGUACUUUAGGAAACGGGGUCCCUUUCUGAAUCUAGUGAAACCAAAUACGCAGAUGGGGCUGUGGCAGGCGGAAGAACCUCGGUCGCUGUUGCGGGCGAUGAGUAUGACCGUUUGCGAUCUGGCCGCCAUCACCAAGCCGUGGGAGAUCGAAAAGCGGGUGGCCGAACUGGUGAGCUCAGAGUUCUUCGAACAGGGCGACAUGGAGCGGCAGGAACUGAACAUCACGCCGAUUGACAUCAUGAACCGUGAGAAGGAGGACCAGUUACCAAUGAUGCAGGUUGGCUUCAUUGAUUCGAUUUGCCUGCCGAUCUAUGAGGCAUUCGCAUCCCUCUCGGACAAGUUGUCCCCCCUGGUGGAAGGCGUGAAGGACAACAAAAGCCACUGGAUCGAUUUAGCACAAAGUUCCAAAGAAAAGUUUGCCAACAACAACAACAGCAUUACCAGUCAAAAUAAGAACAACAGCAGCAUUACCACCGCGACUACCGAAGAAUCCGGUGAAGAAAAAUCCAACGAUCUCAACAGACGGUCUUCGCUGGGAUCGUCCAAUAGUAACGUCCAAUGCAGCAGUCCCAACCACGCGGUUGACACUGACACCGAUACCCAUAGUACGGGUAGUCAUGAAACCAACAGUACUAGCAACAUUGCGGAAAAGAUCGUCGGACGACUCGGAGUUGACCUAACUACGACUACGGCCGCCUUCGCCGAGGUGCCAUCCUAUCUGAUCGCCAAGAAAGAGAACGGCUGGUUGCACUCGGCGGGCAACGAAAAGAUUAGACUCCUGCGGAUAUCCUCAGUGGAAGGGAAAUCCACUAGCAGCGAGCCACCACUUUUGGACCAAUGAACCCAUUCGGGUUACCCUCAUAUAAGGAGAAAACCGAGAAGCACAAGCAGACUAUUUACGACCACAUAAAACAAGUAUUCUACCACAAGCACACACGAAUUUAAUCUUAGACCGAUUCUUCCGAUAAGUGAUUUCCAUUACCUGCAUGGUCUGACUCGUGAGGACAGUUUUCAGUUUUACUUACGUAGUGUUUCGAUUUAUUGUGUUAAAUACAGUAUAGGGUUUUUGAUGCCAUAAUGCUCUCUCGCUCUGUGAAUUGUUAUACACGCUUUAUGUAUUGGAAGUUGGCGUCCAGCCACGUAAGAAUAAUUCCUCAAUCUUACACUUAAAAAGUUUGAAAUCAAUCAUUUUUGUUUUUAAAUUGCGAGCAUUAAUUUCAUCAAUGUCUAAGUUCCGCUUUAAAUUUACGUACAUAAGUCAGAUAAGCAAACAAGGGAGCAAUCAUCCGUUUAGAUUUGAUAAAAAAUAGAACACCCACAAGAACCUAUUCGACAAUUAAGUUACACUGAAGUGGAGAAGAAGAAAUAUCAAAUCAAGCAGCACUAGUCAGCAGGUUAAUAAUCUAAUUUCUAAGUCCAUUCGUACUAUUUAAGAAGAAAACUAUCAUGUAGGUUAGUGUUAUCUGAGAGUCCCCGAUGUGCGUGUGAUUGAGUGGCAGUCUAGUGACUGCUUUGAAUGGCGAAAGCGAAUCGAAAACAAUAAAAAAGCAAAAGAAUCCUAAAACCAAGAAACAACCACAUGUGUUAUAAUGAUGUAUAAUAUAUAUGGAGCUGUUGAUUGACGUUUCCUGGGAUAGUUUAAAUUCUGAUUCUUGUGAUAGGAUUUCUGUAACGCAAGAGUUGAUCAGUCCUAAAUUAAAUAUUUCCUAUAUUUAAAGAGUAAA